AUGAAGAUUUUUGGCAUUCUCGUUACAGCAGUUCUGACUGCGACUGCAGUCAAUGCUCGAUCAGGCCUUAGCAAUAUUCAUGAACCACUAAACACUCAUGAAAACUUUAUUGUCGCUCAUGGAUGGGGACCCGAACGUUGGGGCUGCUCAUUCACCCGAACACAAGUGCACGAGUCCGGAUCAGGGACCAUGAUCACAAUAGGCAAGGACUCUGAAAAGAAACCCUAUUCCUGUGGAGAGCUUAUCCACCGUCAAGACAGGCUCGGUUACGGAACCUACUCGAUCGAAAUGAUUGCCUCCAACAUUGUAGGCCAAGUCACUUCCUUCUUCUUAAUCGCCAACGAAGACACAGAGAUCGAUAUUGAGCUCACAGGAUUGAACAACCAUAUUGGGUGGAUGAACGUUUGGCAUGAUCAUAUUCAGAAUCCGGUCUCGAUCAAUCUCCCCUUUGAUACUUCCGAGGAUUGGCAUUCAUAUUCGUUUGAUUGGCAUCAAGAUCAUAUUGUUUGGUCUGUGGAUGGACAGGUGGUCUUGAAUCGAUCCGAUAUUGCGACCACACCUCCAGAUCAGGCCAACUACAAGCUAGUCAUCAACUCUUGGGCCCAAGUCCAACCAGAGAUUAAUAUUGAUUGGGCUGGGAAAUUUAAAUAUCCCAAAGAUGGUCGCGUUCCCAAGGCUCGAUACAGGAAUAUGAGCAUUGAACCUAUAAUUCAACUGUAA